AUGUUGACCAAGAGCUUCCUCACCUCCUCGAUGCUCGCAGCUCUUGCUGCUGCCGCUCCUGCUCCCCAGGACGGCUACAGCGUGGCGCCCCAAGAAGUUGGUGACGUCGCUGGCUACACCGACGCUGAUGCUAGCUUCUCGGUCACCUUCAUGCCAGCUGGAACUCCCGCUUCGGUUUUCGGCCCCGACUCUCAGGUUGCUGCCAUUCCCACCUCACCUGGGUCAGCUCCUCCCCGAAGGAGCUCAGAUGUCACCGGCGCCACCAGCCAUGGACCCUACGAUGGCACUCCUACCACCACUGGAGCUGCUAAGGCACCUACCACAAUUGGCACUGUCAUCCCUCCUCUUGGCCCUGCCCCCACGGCUACCUACUACAACACCGACGGCAAGCCUCAGAACCCCAUGCCCAUUCCCUACCAGCCAGCUGGUGGUCUUGGCACCAACGGAACUGAGCCUCGCUACAUGGUAAACAGCGACUUCGACUUCGAGUCCAUCACCCUUGGUCUCUACCAGGAAUGGAUCGAGCUUGACUCGUUCAACAACGGUCUUGCCGUCUUCUCCGAGCAGGAAUUCCUAGACGCUGGUCUCACUGCUGAGGACCGCGCCUACAUCGCCUUCAUGGCUAUCCAGGAAACUGGCCACGCCACCCUCCUUACCAACAUGCUUGGCGAGACUGCUCCUCCCCAGUGCACCUACAACUACCCAUACCGCACUGUCCGCGAGUUCAUCGACUGGAACAUGAAGCUUACUCGCUUCGGUGAGUCUGGUGUCUGGGGUUUCCUUGCUCACAUGGACGCUCGCGAGGUUGCCAACCUCUUGUCUCAGUCCAUCGCCACUGAGGCCCGCCAGCAAAUCUCUUUCCGCCAGAUGCUCGGCCUUCCUCCUCAGCCCGUAUGGUUCGAGACUGGUAUCCCCCAGUCAUGGCAAUGGACCUACCUUGCUCCCUACAUCAGCUCUUGCCCCGAGAACACCACUCGUCUCGCAUGGCAAAACUUCCCGGCUCUGUUCAUCGACAACCAGCCCAACCCCAACCGCUUCUCUCCCAACGACACCAAGCCCCAUGAGGUUGCUGGCGACCGUGUCGCUGACCCUGCCGAUUCUACCAUCCCUGCUGAUGAGAGCUGUGUGAACAUCAACGGUACCGAGCACCCCGGCUACUCUUGCGGCCCUGCUAUCGCUCGCAACCGCUCUGAGCCCCUCUCCUUCCCCGGAAAGCUCGUCAACCUCACCUGGGAGAACCCCGGCCUUGCUGUCGGUCCCAACAACUCCUACAUCACCGACACCGCUGCUGGCGCCCCUGCCUUCGUCGCCUGGGUCUCGCAGCUCAACUUGACCUACACUCCUCUCGAGAUCACCGGCAACAACACUGGUUACACCUACCAGCCCGCUGGUGAGGUCUACGAGGGUGACCCAGCUGUUAACGACACCAUGUUCGUUGCUCUGACCGACGCCAACCCUUUCCUUACUCCCUUCAACUUGAGCAUGAUCAACCCUCACGUUGUCGCUCUCGGUCUUUACCAGGCUGGUUAA